ACCCCUUCUCGUGACCUGUUUCCGAGAUGAACGUUAGUAGAGCUGGUGAAUGUAGAACUCAAAUGAGUCAACCAUCUGGUGACAAAUCAGUGGAAAGUUGACCACAAUGGUGCGCGAUUAGGUACGGUAGACUUUGGAAAUGGCUUGUAGCAGGCCUUGAAUGGGAAUUUCAGGAGUAAGGGCUUCCGUCUUAUUAGAAACGCAAAUGGUCGUCGGUGAAAAUGAGUGCAAAUAUGUUAAUACAGUAAGGGCAAUGACCUGCCGAAUAUCAAACAACAGCACAACAGUAGCCACAUUUCUCCCAGUCAUAUGGCAUUCAUACACGUCCAUUGUCUCGUGGAGUCAAAUACAUUACGUUGAAAUUUGUGUUUGACUUCUGAAGCGGUGGACCAGUAUAAGAUUACUAGAGAGAGGAACGCGGGGAGAGAGGGUUUAGAUAAAACGGAAGUCCAAGGCUUAAGUCGCAUUCGUAGCUGAGACAGGCACACGACAGCAAACUUGUAGGAAGAGAGGGAACGACCUUUAAACAGAUUUCCGCAUGAUGGACCGCAGCUUUAAACGUACUGACGAAAAACCAGAAAGUGCGGGACAGAAGCCCGAACGAAUGAAUAUGGUCCUUGUGAAUGUUAUCCACUUGGAAGACAGUCGUGUGCAAACGAGACGUUGGCACUCUUGACCCGGACGCUGGAUCUCGUCGACAGAAUGUCAAACUGCCGCGUGAAGCGACACGAAUGAAAUGUGGACCGAGAGCCGCGAGCGAUGGAGGGACGAAUGGUCUGAAGCAUGUUGUAGAAUCGCUUCAUUUGCAACCGCAGCUUCGGAUUCCAUGAAUGUAUGAUUUGUGCCCAGGGAAGUGCGAAUCUCGAUUUCGACGAUGGAUCAGUGCGCAAGCACGAGCAGAAGCUUCGCGCUCGAUGGAUUAGCAGCAGCCCCAAUCGGUCUUGGGAAGACUCUCGAGCGCCAUGCACUGCCGAAUUUUCAACGUGCUAAGGUGAACUGCUGCUUGGCAAGGUGUGUUGCGAGCGGUCGGGCAAUUGUAAAACGACAUGAUUUUGAUUUUGGGAGGAGGCGGAGGCGAUUUUCUCUCGAGGAGGCUUAUGGAGCUGGAAUCGGAGACUCCAGAGUCAGAGCUAUGGAAGACGCGGAGUCGGAUCCGCUGGGGCCAGGGUACUGGGAUCGAGCCGAAGGCAAAAAGCAGAUGGAGGAAAUCGAGGACAUGAAGGAAUUAAUUGCGGAAGCGGAGAGGCUGAACAAGGCGAGCCAGACCGACUCGGCCUCGGCGGAAGAGCGUGAAGAGCGCGCUCGUCAGGCUGCAGCGAAACUGCGAGAAGAGCUCGCCAAGCGUGCCAGGGAACAAGCCGAGCAACGAAAGACGGCCGAGAAAAUGUACGAGCUGGGGCAAACAGCUUAUGCCCGGGGAAUGUACGACAAAUCCGUGGAGCUUUUCGAGGCUGCCUUGACCAAUGUGCAAGGGACAACAAACCUUGGUGGUGAGAUCCAGAUUUGGUUGGCGAUGGCGUACGAUGCAAACAAUCGGCACGAUGACUGCAUCGCCCUGUACAAACGACUCGAGGCCCGCCAUCCGAACAAGCAGAUCAAGCGCCAGGCUGCCGACCUGCGCUACAUACUCGAGGCUCCGAAGCUCAAAAUCUCGAGGGAGGAGAUGGUAUCAAUCCCCAUCAUCGAGCGCGACUAUGACAAAAGCGCGAGGACGUACACUCAGAAGCUGCGGGAUCGGAGGCGUCCGAAGAAGAAGGUGCCGCAGGAGAAAGAUUAUCUGGAGGACUGGCUGGUUUGGGAUCCUCCUCGGUGGGAGCGAAAUCCCUACUUCUGGGUCGCCUUGACCGUCUGGCUGACGCUCGUAGGCAUUUCUCUCAUGUUCCAAGAUUGACGUCCUAUUUCGAAAUGCGACGUGCCCUCCUGUACUUUAGUGUACCAUCGAAGAAGCUGUCAUAGAUCACCUUUGUACAGAUUGUAAGGCGAAUCCCUCGUUUUGUGGACCACUCGUCCAGCCCAUUGCCAUUGUGGGCGAUGCAGAGCACUUGUAGGAGAAUUUCCUUUCUUUGCCCAGAGAAUCAACCGAGAAGCAUAACCGCACGCCAGCCAGCUGUGGAGGCAAUGUCGUCCUUGCUGCUGCUCAUAAGAAACUGAUGACCUCCAGCUAGCUAGCCCGCAGAGAGAAUUCUUUCUGCAUCGAUCCUGUAUUAUUAUCUUGUAUGAGUUAGCUUAGCUGCCUCCAAGUGCAAGUUUAGCGAGGCAGGCAUGAUGUAUCCAUCGGAGCAGUAAAUGCUGCGCUCAGGUUUCAAGUCAUUUCAAUCGGACCACAUUCUUGUUCCCAUCUAAACCAC